GUAGAAGGCGUCGCAAAACUGUCGUCGAAGUGAUACCAGAAAGCUAACGCUUCUUUUAUGAGUUUUCCACGUUCUUUUCAGCGACUCCUUUUAGCGGCGAUGAUAUCGCCACCGUAACCAGCUGAUUUUGGCUCCCGCUCUCACUUUCAGACCGAUCGCCUUCGCCGGCGACGAGAAAUUUAGCCUCAACUUUAUUUGCAUUCACUUAGGUUUCGCACAGUAAGGCUUGUGAAUUGUUAGGAAAUGGCGAAGCGCAAGCGAGUAGCAAGGAAACCUGUUUCCAGGAAACCCUCUGCAGUGGGGAAGAAAAAUGAAGAAACAAGUAAGAAACCGGUGCCCAAAAGGUCUUCUGCCGUGGACCAAAAUGAAGAAGCAUUUUUGAAUUUUGUGAAUCAAAACAACAAAGAAAAUUCCAGGUGUGAGGACUCAAAUGAUUUUGAAGUUGUUAACAACCAAUCUGACUCUGGCUCUGGUUCGGGCUCGGGCUCAGGCUCAGGCUCAGGCUCUGACUUUCCCUCUGAGGCUGGUAGUAGCUCAUCUUCUUCCUCUUUUUCAAGUGAGAGUGAUGAGGCAUACAGUGGUGAAGAUAGUAGCUCAGAUGGCUCAUCAAUUGAUAAGAGAUCAAGGAAAUCAGUUAAAGGACAUGGGAAGACAAAACAAAAGGCAAGGAAAUUAUCAAAGAAAGAAGGGAAGGAGAAACAUAAGUCGUCAAGGGUUUUGCGUUCUUCCAAUAUAAAGCAAAAGGAGUUUGAGACACCUCCUCAGGAUCUGCGGUACAAUAAGCAAGAGCUGAAAGCUGCCUUGGGGGUAAUUAAGAAAGUUAUGAAAAUGGAUGAGGCACAACCUUUCAAUGUUCCAGUAGACCCUGUUGCUUUGGGGAAACCUGAUUAUUUCAAUAUAAUAGAUACACCAAUGGAUUUUAGCACUAUAUGCAGCAAUUUAAAUAAUGUUAAGUAUAUGAACUCAGAGGAUGUACUCAAGGAUGUAAAAUAUAUUUGGGAAAAUUGCUUUAAGUACAGCAAGAAGGGUGAGUAUGUUGUGUAUCUAGUGAAACGGGUGAAGAAGAAGUUCAUGAAGUACUGGAUAGCAGCUGGCUUGUACAAUGAACAAUCUAGAAAACCUAAUGAAAAUUUCGACUUACAGCCUCCUGCAGAUCAUGCUAUGAGACACAACAGAUAUGAGACAAUGCAUCAGGCUGGCAAUGCAAUGGUUGGAAUCAGCCACAUGCAACAGAAUAGGUUGGAUUCCAAUCUCCCUCAUAGGCAGUUGCCUCCAUUGAGCCACAGCCGACCUUAUCAGUCACAGCCUCCUCCUCCACCAAGCAUCAUGUGGCCACACUUCUCCCAGUUCCCUCCGUCAAGCUCUGGCCAGUCUCAUCAGCUUCAGCAUCCUCAGCCAAGUGCCAACCAGCCUCAAUACUCUCAGUCACACCAUCGUGCUGAAUGUAGCAGUGCAGGUCAUUCAAACUUUCAGCCUUCUCCUGACAAAGUGCGGAAGCACAAAAAUCAUCCUCCCAGCUCUUUGCUAGGCCCUACUGGCUCCCACAACCAGUCCCAGCCAGUGCUGCCCCAGUUAAGCCACAACCUACCGCUUGUUAUGCAGCAGCCCCAACAGAGCACCAGUCACUUGCAAGCCUCUCAAUUUCCAGGCGCUGUAGACACCAGGCAUUCAAACAUGCCCCCUCCUACAGACUACACAAGGAACACUGGUUAUGUCCCUUGGGGUCCAGCUGAUCCCAUGGUAGUGAGCCCCAUAGAAGUGAAUCCAUUGAGCAAUGCUCGGUCAAAUGAACCACAGCAGCCACAGGCAAGCCAUGGCCAGCAUCAGUCCUGGUUCCAGACUCAUGCUGAUAUUGAACAUUCAAUUACAGACUCUGCCAUGAGGGGUAUUAGGUGUGCACUUAACUAUUCUGCUGGCCCCAUUAUGAAUAACCAAGGGCAGGAGGAUCAAUUGGGGCAUGGCAAAAAGCAACCUGAACAGACAGAGCCGAACGAAAAUCAGGGAGACCAAUCACAGCAGCCUCCGAAGAAGAUGAAGAAAGGAAGAGGUCCAACUCGCUGUCUCUUCCUGAAUGACCUCCCUGAUGGUGAGCGGAUUGUUGUCCCUAUCAACAAGCUGGGGCAACCUAUUGGUCCUGAGUCAUCUAAGCUAACCAGCUUCCUGGGCAUCAUAGCACGGAAUGGUCAUAUGGCACCCCUAACUUACGUACAAUGGAGACAUAUGCCUGAUUCAUACAAAGAGAAAAUGUGGCAACAUGUUCAGACAAAGUUUGAUAUUGACCCAAGUUGCAAGACCUGGGUUAUGAAGUCCCUUGCAACAAAAUGGAGGGACUGGAAGGCAGAAUUGAAGGCUAAGCAUUAUUACCCUCAUAGUACUGAUGAAGACCGCUUGAAGGACUGUCAUCCAAGGAUUGUUCCUGACCAAUGGCAAUUUUUGGUCUCUUAUUGGAACUCUGAUGACGCCAAGAAGCUAUGUGCUACAAAUAGGGCCAACCGUUCAAAACAGAAGGCUACACAUGCUUCAGGACCGAAAAGUUUUGCAAGGGUUCGUGAGGAGGAGCGGAUGAAGAGAUCUGAUGGAAAGGAGCCGACUCGAGCUGAGCUAUAUAUAUUAACACAUACACGCAAGGAUGGGCAGCCUGUGGAUGAGACAGCAGCUGCAAAUAUAGCAAAACUCCGUGAACUAGCAGUUAAGAAACAGAAUGACACGGAAUGUAGUGAUGACGAUAAUGACACAUUCUGUCAAGUUAUGGGAGAAGAAAGACGCGGCUAUGUCCGCACUUAUGGAUUAGGUCCCACUCGGGAUGACAUUUAUGGCCCAAGACCUAACCGUGACCUUGUAAAGAUUGCAGCAGAAGUUAAGAAGUCAGCAAGUGAAGAAGUAAGCAAGGUGUUAGAGAAAAUGGAGGCCAUGGAACAGAAAUAUGCAAAUAUGGAGAAUCAAAUAGCUAGGCUGACUUCAAGCAUGCAGAUAUUUCUUGAGAAGUUUGGUGGACCACCAAACAUUUUUGGGUCUGAACAGGUCCUCAAUACACCCAAUUCUCCUCAACACUUAAAUCAGCCACAUCUACACUCAACAUCAUCAAGUCAUGCUGGUGCAAAUGGCAGGGGCUAUGCUUAAUGAAAAAGGCGAAGUUCCAACCAUUCCAACCAUUCCCUUGCAUUUUCUGCAUGUGCCUUGUUGUAGUUAGGAUUUUUAUUUUUAUUUUUAUUUUUCAAUUUUUAGCUAGUAAAUGGGAGCGAAUCUCUGGCCACGAGGAUUGUCGUCCUUUUUACCCAUCCUCAUGCCGAGAGAUUACCGCUGGUCUCUUUGGCCCUUUUUAAUUGUAAUUAGAGUUGAUUUUGUUUAUAAUGAACGGGAUAUCCAUGAAGCAUAUUAUGAGAUUAGAGUCAGCACCGGAUGCUUUGCAAAAAGUUAUUAUGAUGGCGUCCUAAAUUAAUGUGAGACUUUUUU